AUAGUAUCUGGUAUGACGCCGAAGAGGAAGGCAUUGAGUUUGUCUCAAUCGAUGAGCCUCGCGGGUCCAAGGACGAGCGUAAUGGGGGCAGCGACGGUGAAGAUGAGAAUGAUGGUGAGGAAACUAUUCAGGGCUCAUUUAAUGGUAGUACAUCUGGUUUUGUUACGCCAGCGCGGGCUUCUUUCGAUGAGGAACUAGAAUCGGGACCGCUUCCUCAUCCUCAGGAUUCUGCGGCAUCUUCUGUAUCAAUGAUGAUACCUGCUCGCAGUUCUGGGAAACACAUUGUGCGUAGAAAGCAGCUUCCUGCGCCAACUAGUGGGGAGCAAUUAAGCUUGUUCACGGUACUGAAGCGAAACGUUGGCAAAGACUUGUCAACUGUUUCAUUCCCUGUCACCUUCAACGAACCACUCUCGCUCUUGCAGCAUAUGGCUGAGGACUUGGAAUACCACUCACUUCUUUCCGAAGCAGCGGCCGAAUCCGAUCCUAUCAAGCGCUUGACAUACGUCGCAGCGUUUGUUGUUUCUGGAUACGCGUGUACAAAGCUGCGUGCUAGUCGAAAGCCAUUCAAUCCGAUGUUAGGUGAAACGUUUGAGGAUAUUCGGACCAAUUUUAUCGCUGAAAAGGUUUCACACCAUCCACCUAUCAUGGCCUGUCACGCGGAAGGGGAUGGAUGGGAGUUCUGGGGAACCAGCGGAGCAAAGAAUAAAUUCUGGGGAAAAUCAUUGGAAAUUGUGCCGCUCGGGACAACGUACUUGAAGAUAGGCAAUGAGACGUAUUCUUGGCAAAAGCCAUCGUCAUUCAUGCGAAAUCUCAUCGCAGGAGAGAAGUACCUGGAACAUGUUGGCCACCUAACAAUUCACACCACCACACCACAUUUAUCCUGUACCCUCGAGUUUAAAGCCGGAGGGUUUUGGGGAGCACGCGAUGAAGUGGUUGGGCAAAUCAUUUCGCCCUCUCAUCCAUCCGUUCAGCUGCGGGGGCGCUGGCACCAGUCAUUCUCCGAACUUCUCGAUGAAUCUGGCUCUCAUCUUCACGUCCUAUGGCGCGCAUCCGAAUUUCCAGAGAACGCUCCCGAGUAUUACGGGUUCACGUCGUACGCGAUCACGCUGAACGAGAUUACGAGUGACCUUGACGGAACCCUGCCGCCGACGGACUCCCGACUCAGACCUGAGCAGAGAGCGUUGGAAGAAGGCAGAGUGGAUGACGCGGAAGAAGGGAAGGCUCAAAGCGAAGCUCUUCAAAGACAAAGGAGGAAGGAAAGGGAAGAUAGAGAUGAAGAAUGGACGCCCAGGUGGUUCAGACGGGUUGAAGGCAAGGGGGAACUGGGUUAUGAGUGGGAAUAUAAGGGAGAAUAUUGGGACGCAAGGGAGAAGAGCGAGUGGGGGAAUAUAGAGCCACUUUGGUAACGAGGGUCAGUGAUGACGCGUGAACCAAGCAUUUAUACGUACGGAUACGUGAUACGAGCCGCACAGCAUCCAUAAUCUCAGUGCCUCAGUAUUUAUGC